UGAAGUGCGUUUCAGAGUCUGAAUCAUGAAGAACAGAAGAGCUCACUGGGAGUGGUGCGGACGUUGUGUAAUACGCGAAUAGGACACUUUAUUUGCGCUCUUGUUGCCUGUGUGAAGUUAUAAUGCAGCUGCUGCUGCUGACCUCCAUGAAGUUUUCAAGCUCAGAUAAAGUCGGACAGACAGUGAUAACGGAUACCGGACACAUACAGGACAAACCCGCAGAAUAAGAGUGUGAUUGUCACAUUGGAGGAGAGAUGGGGAACGCAGGGAGCAUGAACCAACACACUGACCCCAGAGGACACCACAUGCCCCUCAAACUGCCCAUGCCCGAGCCGGCCGAGCUGGAGGAGAGAUUUGCGCUCGUCCUGAACUCAAUGAACUUGCCUCCAGACAAAGCAAGAUUACUACGGCAGUACGACAAUGAGAAGAAAUGGGAACUCAUUUGUGACCAGGAACGAUUCCAGGUGAAGAAUCCUCCUCACACAUACAUCCACAAGUUGCAGAGUUAUCUUGACCCGGCCGUGACCAGGAAGAAGUUCAGGAGGAGAGUGCAGGAGUCGACGCAGGUCCUGCGGGAGCUGGAAAUCUCAUUACGGACCAAUCACAUUGGGUGGGUGCGGGAGUUUCUGAAUGAGGAGAAUAAGGGUUUGGAUGUGUUGGUGGAGUAUCUUUCAUUUGCACAGUAUGCUGUCACGUUUGACGGUGACAGUUCUGAGAACAGCACAGAACAUUCUGUGGAUAAAUCUAAACCCUGGAAUCGAUCAAUUGAAGAUCUCCAUGGUGGAAACAACCUCUCGUCGGCUGUCACAGGCAACAGCAUCUCCAGAGCCAGCAGACAUUCAACGAUAAGUUUCCUGUUGUGUGUUCCCAUCUGCAGCACAAGAACACAGACUCAUCCACAAUGCCCAAAAUGCUCAGAGAAACAAGGGUCUAAUACAUUACCCAGCCGGAGGACGUUGAAGAAUUCCAGAUUAGUAUGUAAGAAAGACGACGUUCAUGUGUGCAUCAUGUGCCUACGAGCCAUCAUGAACUACCAGUAUGGCUUCAACAUGGUCAUGUCUCACCCUCAUGCUGUGAAUGAAAUUGCACUAAGUCUGAACAAUAAGAAUCCCAGGACUAAAGCUCUGGUGCUGGAGCUGCUGGCUGCCGUGUGUCUGGUUCGAGGAGGUCAUGAGAUCAUUCUCUCUGCCUUUGAUCAUUUUAAAGAGGUACAUGCACACAAAUGCUGUAUUAAAACUCAAUUUUCUUCAUCAAUAAUCCUAUUAAAUGUUUUCAGUUUUUUUUGUGUGUUGAAAUUUAGUAUGGUGUAUAUUGUCUUGCAGGUUGCCUGCAUGCAGUUCAUAAAUAUUGUGGUUCAUUCAGUGGAAGACAUGAAUUUCAGAGUGCACUUACAGUACGACUUCACCAAGCUGGGUUUGGACGAAUAUCUGGAUAAACUGAAGCACACCGAGAGUGAUAAGCUGCAUGUGCAGAUUCAAGCAUACCUGGAUAACGUGUUUGAUGUCGGGGCUCUGUUAGAGGACGCAGAGACCAAGAACGCAGCGCUGGAGAGAGUGGAGGAACUAGAGGAGAACAUGUCUCAUCUGACAGAGAAGUUACAGGACACAGAGAAUGAGGCGAUGGCAAAAAUCGUUGAGCUGGAGAAGCAACUCAUGCAAAAACAUAAAGAGCUGGAAUCUGUUCGGGAGGUGUAUAAAGACGCCAGCUCUCAGGUGCACACCCUGCGGCGGAUGGUGAAGGAGAAGGACGAGACCAUUCAGAAGCAGUGCAACCUGGAGAAGAAGAUCCACGAGCUGGAGAAACAGGGAACCAUCAAGAUCCAGAAGAAAGCAGACGGGGACAUUGCCAUCCUGACGCCCCCUCCACAGGGGAACGGGCAUCUGCCAGGGUCACAGGGUGUAGCUGGGGUGUCCGGUGAGGGCAUGGUCAGUUACGGAGGUGUGGCUAACGGGGCGGCACAAGGCAUGAGCAUGCCUGAUCCUCCCCCUCCCCCUCCUCCUAUGCCGGCGACACUAGCAAAUGGUUCAUGUGCUGCUCCAGCACCAGCUCCUCCUCCUCCUCCUCCUCCUCCACCUCCUCUCCCAGGCCCCGGACCCAUCAAACUGUACUCUGUGAAGAUCAAGAAACCCAUCAAGACUAAGUUCCGGAUGCCGGUGUUUAACUGGGUGGCACUGAAACCCAAUCAGAUCAACGGCACUGUGUUCAACGAGAUCGAUGACGAAAGAAUACUGGAGGAUCUGAAUGUGGAUGAGUUCGAGGAGAUGUUUAAGACGAAAGCACAGGGGCCUGCCAUAGACGUCACCUCCAGCAAACAGAAGACCUCUCAGAAAGGACCAAAUAAAAUCUCGCUUCUGGACUCCAACAGAGCUAAAAACCUGGCCAUCACGCUCAGAAAAGUGGGCAAGACAUCAGAGGAGAUCUGCAGAGCCAUUCAAAUGCUUGACCUGCGGACGUUGCCAGUGGAUUUCGUGGAGUGUUUGAUGAGGUUCAUUCCAACGGAAGCGGAGCUGAAAGUUUUCCGGCAGUAUGAGAAGGAACGCAAACCUCUGGAGAACCUGACGAAUGAGGAUCGCUUCAUGAUCCAGUUCAGCAAGAUCGAGCGUCUCAUGCAGAAGAUGACCAUCAUGGCAUUCGUGGCCAAUUUCACAGAGAGCAUUCAGAUGCUCACGCCGCAACUUCACGCCGUUAUUGCCGCAUCUGUCUCUAUCAAGUCCUCACAAAAACUCAAGAAGAUUCUGGAAAUUAUCUUGGCUCUGGGAAACUACAUGAACAGCAGUAAACGAGGAGCGGUGUACGGCUUCAAACUGCAGAGCUUAGACCUGUUAUUAGACACUAAAUCGACAGACCGCAAGGUCACUCUUCUGCACUAUAUCGCAAAUGUAGUGAAGGAAAAAUACCAGCAGGUGUCACUCUUCUAUAAUGAGCUGAACUAUGUGGAGAAAGCUGCAGCAGUGUCUCUGGAGAAUGUCUUAUUAGAUGUGAAGGAGCUUCAGAGAGGCAUGGAUCUGACCAGGAGAGAGAACAGCAUGCACGGCCACAACACAAUGCUCAGAGAUUUCAUACAGCAAAAUGAGAACAAACUCAAGAAACUUCAGGAUGAUGCCAAGAUCGCUCAGGAUGCCUUUGAUGAAGUGGUGAAAUUCUUUGGAGAGAACUCCAAAACAACACCCCCGUCCAUGUUUUUCCCAGUGUUUGUGCGCUUUGUGAAAGCAUACAGGCAAGCAGAGGAGGAUAAUGAACAGAGGAAAAGACAGGAGCAGAUGAUGAUGGAGAAGCUGAUUGAGCAAGAAGCUAUGAUGGAGCAAGAGGAUCAGAAGUCUCCCUCUCAUAAGAAUAAGCGGCAGCAGCAGGAGUUGAUUGCAGAGCUGAGGAAAAAGCAGGUGAAGGACAGCAGACACGUCUAUGAGGGUAAAGACGGAGCCAUUGAGGACAUCAUCACAGAUCUGAGAAACCAGCCUUACAGGCGUGCUGACGCCGUCAGGAGGAGCAUUCGAAGACGUUUUGAUGAUCAGAAUUUGCGGCCAAUCAACAGUGCAGAGAUGGUCAUGUGAUGAGGGCAGAGUAGAUGUGACUGUAUGGAGUGGAGGAGGAGCUAAUGAAGGACUGAUAAAGAUGACAGCAGGUCUGAAAGCCAAGUGCCUACAUUUAACAUCUGUCCCAUCAGGUGUUGAAUCAUACAUGUGUUUUAGUCAAUGUCUUCUGUCUGUGAAUUUUUAUAUGACAAACGGUGUCUUGAUCUGUCUUUUAUCUUAUGGCGCUUAAAUUGUAUGGCUAGAUCAGUGUUUUUCUUGAGACAGUGUCCGAAUGUAAAACUAUUCCAACACUUUAUGUAUCAUGAACCUGUACAAAGGCCUCUUACAUUCCAGUGCUUUCGCCACAGAUCAAAACCGACCACUCGUGUGUUCUCCUAAUCUACUGGUCGGUCUUAAAGAAGCCCUGUAGGGUUCGUCAGAGCCUGUUUUUAUUGUGGCGUUCACAUAGGGGGCGCAGUCUUGUGUUAAAAAACAGACAGAUAGAGCCCAACAGAAUGGAAUACAGGUUGAGAAGCAUUUUAAAAAGUUUUGUAAAAAUGCCAUGUUGAUGGUUUGAGAUGCUGCAGGGUGCGACACAGCGGCCAAAGAUAACAAUAAUAAGAACAUUCCUCACUUAAGAUGAUUUGAUGUCUGAUAGUAGAGGUAUUUAAAUGUUAAUUGUAAUUGUAAUGUAAAUUGAAAUGUUCCCAAUACCCACACUUGUGGU